AUGGGUAAAAGAAAUAAGCGGUUGAGGGACGAUGAUUCCAAAUCUGUAUCAUUCGUGCCCAUCCUAACCUCUAGCACCAGAAAGGUCUCUUGGAACGAAUUUCAACAGUUAAUAUGUUGGGUUGUUGGACAAGGUUCAAAAUUCGAACCGCCAAUUCCAGUCAGGUUCAAAUCUAACAAUCCACCUAAAACUGUGGCUAUUGUAAUUAUACCAUAUUUAAAUUACUCGGAUUUAGUGGCGUACCUAUAUGCUGCCACAUUUUUUAAAAAUUUAAUCACCAAACAAUCUCUUUUUCAAAUGAGUUUACCAAAAAGUGUGAUGGUAUCAGGUACAUGCCGCAUAAAACAGUCACUAGUUACCAUUGAAUACUCACUCCCACCUGUUAAACAAGAUCAGGCAAAAAAUACGAUCAAAAAUUCACUUUUAAACACGGAACAAAUGGAGUCAAAUCUAUUUCCACAAAGUGGCAAGGAAUUCGAUGGGCAGCCAACAUAUACAGAGGAUAAAGUUGUUAUAAAAGAAAGACUAAAGGACGCUCUCAUGUACGAGUGCAAGCCAAUAAAAAAGGUGAUUGACAUUGGCGCCAUUGGAUUAAAACGUAAAAAGAGUACAGUAAACAUAUUCCCCAGCGAUUUUAUCUGUGAAUACGAAUCAAUGCUUAAUUUGUUGGGAGAAGACCCAGAUUUUCCACACCUACUUAGCAUAGAUUGCGAAAUGUGCAUUACAAAAAAUGGAUCGGAGCUAACACGAGUAUCAAUUGUUGACCCAUAUUUUCACGUAAUUUUUGAUUCGUUGGUGUUACCUGACGAUGAAAUUUUGGAUUAUUGCACCAAAUACUCUGGCAUAACAAGGGAUUCAAUGCAAGGCGUAGACAUAACUCUAGAUGACGUUUUACAGCAUUUAAAAGGGUUAAUAAGCUCAAGAAGUAUAUUAGUUGGACAUUCAUUGGAAAAUGAUUUUUUGGCAUGCAAAAUCAAACACAAUCGCGUAAUAGAUACUAGUGUACUGUACCAAGAAACAAAUCAGACAUUUAAAUUUUCUUUGGCUUCACUGGCUUGGAAACAUAUGAAGGUUGAUAUGCAUCGGGGAUCUGGCCAUGAUUCAGUUAAUGAUGCCCGCGUAGCAAUGGCACUCGCGAUUAAUUGGAUUGUAAAAGGCAGUCAAUGCGGAGAAAUGUUGAGUACUCACAUAUGCAAUGCAUUUGCUGAUAACUCGAUAGUAUUAAAAUCCAAGCAUGAAGGUGUAAAAUUAGACAGGGAAAUUGACACAUUGAUCUUCGAUGCAGAAGUUGGAGAGAAUGUCGAAUCAAACUUCAACAAUAUCGAAAAGGUGCCGAUUGGCAACCUUUCCGAUGAAGAAAUGGCUAAAAAGUUCGCUGAUGCCAUGUCAAAAAACACAAGCUGCAGGACCAGAGUGGGUAUAUGUUUUCUUAGGGACAUUCAAAGGGAGGCUUUAAAUGGGCUAAAUAUGAAUACUGAUCGCAUACUGGCUGAGAUUCCAUGUAGCACAAUUCACAGGCUGAUAAAGAAUGCCUCGGAGGCCACUGAUACAAUUGCCAAGGCGCUUGACCCCGGUUCCUACCUCUUCAUAGCCUCUUGCUCUGGAGAUGCCAUUAGAUAUAAGUUAUUGAGCACGCUGUGUUACGUAAUGUCAGAUGGAGGAGAAAGAAGGAUAGGACUACCAAUUUGUGAAAAUUUGUAUGCUCUGUCCAGGGAAUUAGGGGCUAUCGAUUUUGACUUAGUAUUUGAGGAGCUUAAAGGACACGCAGCUAGGUUGGGGGCUAAUCAGCUGACGAGGGAAUCGCAACUAGCUAAGACUAACUUUAAGGCUGCUUGGGGAGCAGCUGCUAUAAAAAUUUAA